GCGGGCGCCAGUGCGCAGGCGCGGCGGGCGGGAAAGGACGCGCUCGGGGCGCGCGCGCUGGGCAGCCGGCGCCCCAAGUCCGCCCGCCGCGCCCCGGCGCCUCGCCGCCCGCCCGCCCCGGCGCCCCGGGCCGGCGAGGGGCGCGCCCGCGGCGGCCGCCGCUGCAUGGCGCUGAGAUGGCGGGGGCGCCGCGCGGCGGAGGCGGCGGCGGUGCUGGAGGUGGCGGCGCGGGCGAGCCCGGGGGCGCCGAGAGGGCGGCCGGGCCGGCCGGCCGGCGCGGGCUGCGGGCGUGCGGCGAGGAGUUCGCGUGCCCCGAGCUGGAGGCGCUGUUCCGCGGCUACACGCUGCGGCUGGAGCAGGCGGCCACGCUGAAGGCGCUGGCUGUGCUCAGCCUGCUGGCCGGCGCGCUGGCGCUGGCCGAACUGCUGGGCGCGCCGGGGCCCGCGCCUGGCCUGGCCAAGGGCUCGCACCCGGUGCACUGCGUCCUCUUCCUGGCGCUGCUCGUGGUCACCAACGUGCGCUCCCUGCAGGUGCCCCAGCUGCAGCAGGUCGGCCAGCUGGCGCUGCUCUUCAGCCUCACCUUCGCCUUGCUCUGCUGCCCCUUUGCGCUGGGUGGCCCCGCGGGGGGCGCUGGCGGCGCGGCGGCGGGACCGGCGACCGCCGAGCAGGGGGUUUGGCAGCUCCUGCUGGUCACCUUCGUGUCCUAUGCCUUGCUGCCCGUGCGCAGCCUGCUGGCCGUCGCCUUCGGGCUCGUGGUGGCCUCCUCGCACUUGCUGAUCACGGCCACCCUGGUCCCCGCCAGGCGCCCACGGCUCUGGAGGACGCUCGGUGCCAACGCCCUGCUCUUCGUGGGCGUGAACAUGUAUGGCGUGUUUGUGCGCAUCCUGACGGAGCGCUCGCAGCGCAAGGCCUUCCUGCAAGCACGGAGCUGCAUUGAGGACCGGCUGCGGCUGGAGGAUGAGAAUGAGAAGCAGGAGCGGCUCCUCAUGAGCCUUCUGCCCCGCAACGUCGCCAUGGAGAUGAAGGAGGACUUCCUGAAGCCCCCAGAGAGGAUCUUCCACAAGAUUUAUAUCCAGAGGCAUGACAACGUGAGCAUCCUGUUUGCAGACAUCGUGGGCUUCACAGGGCUGGCAUCCCAGUGCACGGCCCAGGAGCUGGUCAAGCUGCUCAACGAGCUCUUUGGCAAGUUUGACGAGUUAGCCACGGAGAACCAUUGUCGCCGCAUCAAGAUCCUUGGGGACUGCUACUACUGCGUCUCAGGCCUCACGCAACCCAAGGCUGACCAUGCCCACUGCUGCGUGGAGAUGGGGCUGGACAUGAUUGACACCAUCACGUCUGUGGCCGAGGCCACCGAGGUGGACCUGAACAUGCGUGUGGGGCUGCAUACCGGCCGUGUCCUCUGCGGCGUCCUGGGCCUGCGCAAGUGGCAGUACGACGUGUGGUCCAACGACGUGACCCUGGCCAAUGUCAUGGAAGCCGCCGGGCUGCCGGGGAAGGUCCACAUUACCAAGGCCACUCUGGCAUGCCUGAAUGGGGACUACGAAGUGGAGCCAGGCCACGGGCACGAGAGGAACAGCUUCCUGAAGGCUCAUAACAUCGAGACCUUCUUCAUCGUGCCGUCCCAUCGCAGGAAGAUCUUCCCAGGCCUGAUUCUCUCUGACAUCAAACCGGCCAAGCGGAUGAAGUUCAAGACCGUGUGCUACCUGCUGGUGCAGCUCAUGCACUGCCGGAGGAUGUUCAAGGCUGAGAUCCCCUUCUCUAACGUCAUGACCUGCGAGGACGAUGACAAGAGGAGGGCAUUGAGAACGGCCUCGGAGAAAGUCAGGAACCGCUCGUCCUUCUCCGCGAACGUUGUCUACGCCACGCCGGGCACGCGCGUCAACAGGUACAUCAGCCGCCUACUGGAGGCCCGCCAGACAGAACUGGAGAUGGCCGACCUCAACUUCUUCACCCUGAAGUAUAAGCACGGGGAGCGGGAGCGGAAGUACCACCAGCUGCAGGACGAGUACUUCACCAGUGCCGUGGUCCUCGCCCUUGUAUUGGCUGCCUUAUUCGGCCUCGUCUACCUUCUCAUCAUUCCACAGAGCCUGGCUGUCCUUCUGCUGUUGGUCUUCUGCAUCUGUUUUCUGCUGGCCUGUGUGUUGUACCUGCACAUCACUCGCGUCCAGUGCUUCCCGGGGUGCCUGACCAUUCGGAUCCGCACCGUGCUGUGCAUCUGCAUUGUAGUCCUGAUCUACUCCGUCGCCCAGGGCUGCAUGGUGGGCUGCCUGCCCUGGGCCUGGCCCUCCAAGGUCAACAGCUCCGUGGUAGUGCUGGCAGCAGGCGGCCGGCGCACCGUGCUGCCUGCUGUGCCCUGCGAGUCAGCUCCCCAUGCCCUGCUGUGCUGCCUGGUGGGCACGCUGCCAUUGGCUGUGUUCCUGCGGGUGUCCUCCUUGCCCAAGAUGAUCUUGCUGUGUGGGCUCACCGCUUCCUACAUCCUCACCCUGGAGCUUAGUGGAUAUGGCAAGGCCGGGGCCGGUGCCACCCCCGGGCACAGCUACGAGCCACUCAUGGCCAUCCUACUUUUCUCCUGCACGCUGGCCCUGCACGCCAGGCAGGUGGACAUCAGGCUACGGCUGGACUACCUCUGGGCAGCACAGGCAGAAGAGGAGCGGGAUGACAUGGAGAAGGUGAAGGUGGAUAAUAAGCGCAUCCUCUUCAACCUCCUGCCUGCUCACGUGGCCCAGCACUUUCUCAUGUCCAACCCACGCAACAUGGACCUGUACUACCAGUCCUACUCCCAGGUGGGCGUCAUGUUCGCCUCCAUCCCCAACUUCAAUGACUUCUAUAUUGAGCUGGACGGCAACAACAUGGGGGUGGAGUGUUUGCGGCUGCUCAACGAGAUCAUUGCUGACUUCGAUGAGCUCAUGGAGAAAGACUUCUACAAGGACCUUGAGAAGAUCAAAACCAUUGGGAGCACCUACAUGGCUGCAGUGGGCCUGGCGCCCACGGCGGGGCCCAGGGCUAAAAAGUCCAUCUCCAGCCAGCUCAGCGCCCUGGCGGACUUCGCCAUUGAGAUGUUCGACGUGCUGGAUGAGAUCAACUACCAGUCCUACAAUGACUUCGUCCUCCGUGUGGGCAUUAAUGUGGGCCCUGUGGUAGCUGGGGUGAUCGGCGCUCGUCGACCACAGUAUGACAUCUGGGGGAACACAGUCAACGUGGCUAGUCGGAUGGACAGCACUGGGGUCCAGGGCCGAAUCCAGGUGACAGAGGACGUUCACCGGCUGUUGAAACGGUGCCCUUACCACUUUGUGUGCCGAGGCAAAGUCAGCGUGAAGGGCAAGGGGGAGAUGCUCACCUACUUCCUGGAAGGCAGAACUGAUGGAAACGGCCCCGGCGCCCGGUCCCUGCCCUUGGACCAGAGGCUGUGUCCUUACGGGAGAGGCGGCCUCCAGGGCAGGCGGCCCCCCCUGGGCCCUGCGGCCAGGCCCCCCCUGGGUCCUGGGCUCCCUCCACAGCCUGCCGGCCAGUGCCUGCCCCCCGCAGCUGCUGGAAAGGAAGCUUAGAAGGGCCCAGGCCAGCUGCUGGGUGCGCACACAGGGCGAGAACACUGCAGGCCACACAGGCUGCCGUGGCUCUGGCCAGGACCAGCUGGACGUGCCACGUAGGGAGCCAGUGUCCUGGCUGUAGCAGGGGGCCAUUGGGGCAUGACCUGAGGGCCAGCAGGAGCCCUGCCUGUGCCAGCCUCCCCCUUGGGGACUUGAGUAUCCCUGCCUGUUUUCAGUGGACCUGCCUUUAAAAGCCUCUGCCAGCCUCAUCAGGAGGGUGUAAAGUUUGCCUGGCCACAACUGGGGAAACCCAAGACAGCUCAUGUUUGCCUGCCUGAGGGUCUCCCGGCUCCAGCCACAAGCAGCAGCCGCAAGAGCCGUGGGGCAGUUCUGGCCUGCUGGACAGGGACCCAAGGCCUGGACUGCUCACCCGUGGGUGCAGCUUGGGGCCGGGUGGUCUCAGAGGGGACCAAGAGGAGAGAACUAAGAUGUGCCUCUCACUGUGUGAAAGUGGGGGCUUUUUCUUCUUUUUUUUGGCCGAGACCCAGGGUGGAUCUUAGGGAAGGGGAGUGGGUAGUGCCGCUGCCUCAUGUCCAGCGUUGUGGUUGUCAGUUGCACAGUCUGUCUGUGCGUGCUGCACCUGCUGGCCAGGGACAUUGCCUUGUGUUGUUGCUGUGUUCUAUGGAGAGGGGCAGCUUGGUCCUGCCCUUCUUGCCAUGUCUGGGACCCUGUGCCAUCAGAGCAGGCAGGUGCCCUUGCUGAAGAUGGUGGGUGUUUCAGUGCAGUGUGGGCGGGGCCCCCUGCUUGGGGAGGGAUCCACUGGUGAUUCUGAUGGCUGAGCCCCCUGCUGUCUUGGGGAUUGCUUUGAAGAUGAGAGUGUGGGGGCACUGCUGGGUUUAGGUGGUCAGAUGGAGCCAGGUGAGUUCAGACCUCUGGAUGGGAGGGAGGGUGACGUCGUGGGGAUGUUGGGAGGCCUGUGGCUCAGAGGGGCAGCUAGAAGGCUGGCGUGGAGCUUCUGCCCUGUUCAUGGCUGCUGGGCUUGGGGCCUCUCUUCCCUGCUUCCCUUCCUGGGCAUCCAAGGUGAGCACGGAGC